AUGGAUGCGAAGCGGGUCAAACUUGACCAGGAUGAUGGGAGUUCACGAGAUUCAAUAACCUCUUGCAGUGGAAACGAGACUACGCCGAGCUCAUCGGUUUCAUCUGAGGUAGCAGUCGAUGAGCUGAAGUCGCCGGAUCCAUUUAUAGUCGAGAAGGCCCUGAAGAGGUUAAAAGGAACGCUCAGGAACAAAAUGGCUGUUGCGAGAUUCAUGAACGUCAGGUCAUCAGAAGUGUUUCCCGUGCUCCUCGCUCUUCUCAACAAAGCUGCCACAGACAUACCCAACAAAACACCACCCUGGUCAUCAAUUCUGAAGGAAACGACCAGUGUAAUUGCAAACUGUUGUAACUAUUCAGUUGCGGCUUGUAUGAAGAUGGCUGGCUCAAAGAUUACCCACCUUGCAAUGCGUGUAUUUGAAAGUAGUUCCGUCAGCCAAGACUGCAAGGCGUCAAUGGCUCGCCUGAUCGCCAACAUGAACCCGCCGGUUGCAUCGCAUCGUAAUUCGUCACUUGUUGAUAGACUAGUCCUCAUGCUAGAACUUGAUGACAAUGCUGCCACGACAAGGCGAGGCAAUUAG